UCAGUGAAGAUAAGAGUUCCCCUCUCUUCACAAUGUGUAAGAAAAAUAUGAGAUAUAUAGGCUUACCAAUAGACAGAUGUCAAUUCUCGUAUACCUUUCAAACUUUUGGAAUUACGAUAAGUUCAAUACAUAAAAAUACAUAAAGUUAGAAAGGAUCGUGUUCAAUCAGUUUUUUUUAACAUCUUUACAAACUGAAGUUGUUUUUUUUUUUUUGAUGCAACCGGUGAAUUGCAGUUGAUAGACAAAUGGACGUGGACGAUUCUAGAAACUCUUUAACAAACAGAGUAACCGGUGAAACCUAUUUACAGGUACCAGCAAGGGAGGCAACUGUUUUACCAAGGAGGACAGAAACUAUACGUACAGCUUUGAACAAAGUAAAGACAAAACUGAGUUUGACAGAUGAGGGAGCCACACCUGUAAACUGGAAAUGCAUGUUUCUCGUGUUCAUUUCUCUGUUUUCCAGUUCACUGAAUAUAACAUUCAUAUUCUCAUUUCUACCGGAAAUGAUCCUGACAUUUGGAUAUAAAGAGGCUGAUAAAGGAUAUUAUGCUGGUCUAAUUGCUUCUGCUAUGUUUGUUGGUCGAGUAUUCGGAAGUUACUUUUGGGGUUGGAUGGGAGACAGGAACGGCAGAAGACCAAUCAUUCUCGUUACUGUUUCUCUUGUUGGUUUGUGUUCUUUGAUGUUUGGUUUUACCACGAAUAUAUACUUCGCCAUCACUGUCAGAUUGCUUUCUGGACUUGUCAAUGGUACUCCUGGGUUAGCAAAGACAAUGCUGUAUGAACUGACCGACAACACUAACCAAGCUGUCGGUGUAUCUGUAGCUGGUAUAGCCUGGGGAACCGGUAUUAUUGUUGGUCCGGCUGUAGGGGGUUUUCUAGCAGAUCCAUCCAAGCGUUUUCCAGGUUCAUUUACUAACAUAGGACUCUUCGAAAGAUUUCCAUAUAUCCUUCCAUCUUUUUUUGCAUUUAUAACAUGUCUUAUCACCGCCAUAGUGGAUUUUAUAUGGCUUCCAGAAACGCUCAGUAUGAGAAAAACAGAGGAGGUGAUUGUUGAAGAUAAUGGGAGUGCUGACAUGGAUACAAAACGUAUAGAACCUUGCCAGUUAAAUCAUACCAUUAAUUCAACCGGUUCGAGAGAGACUCUCGCAAGACGGGCUGUAUCUUUAGAACACCUUAAUUUUAUAUCCGAGUAUUCAUUUCUUAUAAAUGAAAGUGAUUUAUUUCACAGGAAAGGGAAAUCAUUGACAGACCUUCGAGAUCGCAGUGGUAGAUUCAAGCAGAAGUAUGGUUACAAAGAAUGUAGUGAUUCAGAAAAGAGAAAUAUAUUCCAUACAAGUCUGUUUGACGGUGUACCUGAUAAGACAGAAGCUGAAGACUCGGCUAGCCAAGACAUAGAUGACUGUUUGAAAGAAAAGCUUCUGUCCACGCAAGUUAACUCGGAAAUGGAAAGAGUUGCCAUAAGUAAUGAUUCAAACACAGAGGAUAUUAUCACAACAAAAUGCUUCGCAUGUUUCUCAGUUUUAAGAAAUUGGUCGGUCAUAAGAUUAAUGAGUCAGUUUGACAUUUUCCUAGCCAUAACGUUAUAUUCCGUGUUUUCCUUUGGUAUUAUCGGCGUGGAAGAAAUAUUUACAGUUUGGACCUCCACAGAUAUAAUGUUAGAUGGCCUAGGCUUUGCGCCAAAUGAAAUUGGGAUUGUGUUAGCCGCUACAGCGUUCCCACUGUUAUUUAUACAGUUGUUCCUUUUCCCAAACCUGGUCAGACGUUUUGGUAUCAAAAAGACAAUGUUGAUAUGUACUAUUUUGUUGAUGGUGUUUACAGAAUGCAUGCCGUGUCUUCACCUGUUAAUAAAUCAACCGGUAACGCUGUGGGUGUUGCUAAUGACAAACAAUGUUUUGAUGACGUUGAUGAUGUAUUGUGUUUUCUCUUGUACAAGUCUUCUCGUUAACAACUCAGUGAAGCCGGAAUUAGCCGGACAGGUGAACGGGUUAGCAAUGACGCUUGUAGCUAUAACUAGGUCAAUCUCUCCUAUUGUUGGCGGUACUAUAUAUUCCUGGAACGUUGGGUAUACAUCUGAUGCUAUAGGACCUCCGUUAGACGUCAGCUUUGUAUUCUUUGCUUUCGGACUGGUGUUCUGGUUGGUGGCUGCAGUGUGUGUUACAAUACCAGAGAGCCUCAAUAACCAGAAGAAAUAAAGCUGUACAUACACCUAAUAACACAUUUUGUUGGCCUGCCUCUGGCACCGUCUCCAGUACACGUCAUUUACAAGCGUAGCAGUUGCGACUUUGAUAUAAAUAUGUUCAUUAUUUAUCUCAAAGUAUCAUAUCAUAUUAUAUGUUUAUUUCCCAAUGUGCAUAUAAAGCAAAACAUUGAAGCUUUACAUGUUGUUGUUU